GCUGCAGUCGACAGCCGGCGGUGUGUGUAUUAAUCGCUGCGUCUGUUUUGAAGGUUAUAAGUAAUGGAGCUGUUGGAGUUUUUUAAUCGGGAGGAGAGCAAAUACGCGGACCUGUACAGCGAAUUGCUGUCGGAUUCGAGUAUCUUCAACGACAACGCAGAAAAUGUGGACCAGGUGGAGAAGAGCAUUAUUACUGCUAUAAAUAAUAGACUCGAGCGAGCAGCCACUCACUGCCAAGGUCUGAACUUGCUGGCCAACUUCUCGUCCAAAAUUUCCAAGGAGAGCUUGAUAAAGUAUUUUCCGCACUGGAGCACCAAGAUUACCCAGAUACUGACCAAUGCGCAGAGCGGCUCUCAAGAAUUUACAGCUGUGUGCAGAGCUAUCGGUGCUGUAUUUGUCAGUUGCAAACAAGUGCCGGAACUUGACAAGAGAGUUUCCAUAUAUAGCAUUAAACAGAUAAUAGGAAUUAUCAAUACUAGGUAUUCUCAGGAGAAGAAUGUAGCCUUGAUCAAUUUACUUGUGGUGCUGUUGUAUCAUUACCCAGAAUCUUGUGCGCGCUUUCAGGCCUCUUUUAGCCAAAUUAUUUCAUCGUGUAUAGAUGAGAGCAAGACUCAUCUGAUCUCUUCUGGUGCCAAAUGUUAUUCUCUGUUGGUGAGAGCAGUUGAACGUUUGUUUGUUCACUCAUCAAAAGACACUGUAGUUAUUUUACCUGAUAAUAGCACAGCAAGUUGUCAUGUUUAUCAUCAAAUAAACUUGUGCAACAAUCUCUAUGGUAUAAUAGAUGAUUUAUUUCAAGAUCUUGUGACAACAUCUGCUGAGUUACCGUACGAGCUUGAACACUCUCACAAUAUCAAUAUUUUGCAAUUAUCCAAGCUACUCUGCCAUGACAUACUUGACUAUUAUACUGCUCUUGAAAACAGAUUUGCUAACAUCUGCACUUUUUUGUCUACAUUACUGAGGGUUGGUGGGAGCAAAGGAAAGAAAUUUGUACUGCCCAAUGUAGUAUUGCAAGUCAUAUGCAGAGGGUUGGCAAUAACUCCUGCAAAUUUACAAAAAGGUAGCAAAGACAACAAAGACAUACUUUUAUGGAUACUGCCAAAAUUGCACUGCAGUCUGUUAAAUGUUCUUGAAGCUCUGAUUAACAGUUUUCAGCAAGAAUUAUUACCAUAUGCCCAUACCAUUCAACAGCUUAUCUUGCAAACAUUGGAGUGGACCCAUCAAUCAUCUUAUAAAUCUGCAAAAAAUAUAAGGUUGCAAUCUUAUCGAAUACUGACAGUAUGGUUACAGCAGACAAGAUCAUUAUCUGGUUUCCAAUUGGUAGCUGAUGAUUUCCUUGUACACAUACAGAAGGAUCUUUUGCCUCCCAAUAAGAAUGUUCUAUUAUUAUCUACAAAGAAAUCUGAAAAUUCUUCAAAAACAAAGACCAGAAAAGAACAAUUCAAAGAAUCCAAGAGUGUGAAGGAUUAUAGCCACAAUGCCGACUCAAGUAUUUGUAACAGUGUAGACCUUAGUCUAUGUUCGCAAGUUCUCUCCACAAUACAAUCUAUUUUCUCACACGUGAACUGUUAUCUUAAACAAUCGUUCUAUGAUAGCGUAAGAAAUACGGUAGUCUUGCUUUUAUACGAACAAUACGUACAAAAAGUUUCCAUUUCAGUUAGCAAAGCCAAUAUAGAGUACAGACUGCAACUUUUGAAAACUUUACGUAUUUUACAAACGUACGGUCACGUGUCAACGCCGAGUCCUACAUCGCAUGCGAUUAAACUUUUUGGAAUAGCCAUAUCCCAAGAAACAAAUCCAGCUAUUGUAGAGGAGGCAAGCCUUGGUUUAGCCGAAACUCGUCAUAUAGUUCAUCCUUCUGCACCUACGUUAGUGCUCUUACGCGAAGUGCAAGAGCCCGAGUCACAACAGGAGACGCAAACAAGUGAAAUUUUUGAAUUCGUUAGAUCAGAAGCUGCUCAGGAAGUUGUAAAUAAUAAAUCAGACGAUAAUCAUCCAACACAUCAAUUUAAACGGCCUAGAAUAGAAGAAAAUAAAAAAGAGAAUUCUCCCGUUCAAUCGUGGAAUGCAACGAAUUCGAUAACUAUUGCAGAUAGUAAAAAUGACGAAAACAGACCAAGUUUAGAAAAGAAAGCAGAAGAAAAUUCUCAAUGUGAGGCUUCGCUUUUAACGAAAAAAUCAAAAGAAAACGAGAGCAAUGAAAAUGGGCUAAAUGAGAAAGAAGAAAAAGAUGCUGAACCCAAGACUCCUAUUACUGCUGAAAAUUCUAUAGGAGAAGAUAAAAUAAAAGAAACGCCUGUUGUAAAUAUAGAAUUAGAUGCUGAAGAUCAUGAAAUGAUGACAGCAUUUUGUGAUGUAGAGUCUUGAAAUGAAUGAAUGAAAUUUAUGUAAAUAAGUUUCGAUAUAUUCAUUAUGAUUAAAACAUUUUUACUUU